GCACUCGCGCACGCCCGUCGUUUGGGCGCCGGGUGGCCGCGGCGGGGCGCGCGCGGCAAAUGGAGCGGGUCCUCGCAGAAACGCUGCUGUCGCAGAGCCGGGACCCUCGGGGCCUGCUCGGAGCGCUGUGCCGCGGGGAGGCGUCCGCGGAGCGCGUGGAGACGCUGCGCUUCCUGCUGCAGCGCCUCGAGGACGCGGAGGAGCGCGGUGGCGGCGGGGGUGCGGGCGCGCUCCCGGAGGCGGCGCGCGAAGUCGCCGCCGGGUUCCUGGUGCCGCUGCUGCGGGGCCUGCGCGGGCGCCCUGCGGGCGCCCCGGACCCCGACCUGCCGGCCCGGGACCGCCGGCGCGUGCUGAGGGCCGCGACCGCCGCCUUGCGCUCGUGCGCCCGUCUCGCCGGGGGCCCGCAGCUGGCGGCCGCCCUGGCGGAGGAGGCGCUGCGCGACCUUGUGGCCGGGGGGCCCGCGGCCGGCGCGGAGGCGGCGGUGGAGGUGCUGGCGGCGGUCGGGCCCUGCCUGCGGCCCCACGAGGACGGGCCGCUCCUGGAGCGGAUGGCGCAGGCCGCCCUCGCCUUGGCGCUGGGCGCCGACGGGGAGCGGGACGAGGCCGGGCCGGCGGAGGACGCGGCGGCGCUGGCGGCCGGGAGGCUGCUGCCGGCGCUGGGCCAGUGCGGCGGGGCGGCGCUGCGGGCCGUCUGGGCCGGGCUGGUCGCGGCCGGAGCGCCUUCGGGGCCGGGGCGCGUCGGGCCGCGGCUGCUGGUGCUGAGCGCCCUGGCCGAGAGGCUGCUGCCCGAGCCCGGCGCCGACCGCGGCCCCCGAGCGGGCGAGGAGGACCCCGACGCGCGGCGCUGCUGGCGCUUCUGGAGGACCGUGCAGGCGGGGCUGACGCAGGCCCCCGACGCGCUGACGCGCAAACGGGCGCGCUACCUGCUGCAGAGGGCGGUGGAGGUGUCGGCGGAGCGCGGCGCGCCCUGCGCCUGCGGCCCCCGGGAAGGAACCGGCCCAAGUCUGUUUUGGUGGUCUGAGAAGAAGAAAGAUGAGCUGCUAAAGUUUUGGGAAAACUAUAUUUUAAUUUUGGAAACUCUAGAAGGAAAUCAGAUCCACGUUAUAAAGCCAGUUUUACCAAAGCUAAACAGUCUGUUUGAAUAUGCAGUAUCAGAGGAAAAUGGGUGCUGGCUCUUUCACCCCUCCUGGCACAUGUGCAUUUAUAAAAGAAUGUUCGAAAGUGAGAAUAAAAUCCUGACCAGAGAAGGUGUCAUCCAUUUUUUGGAGCUGUAUGAAACAAGGAGUCUUCCUUUUGCACCAGAGUUUUCUGAGUUUAUUAUUGGACCAUUAAUGGAUGCACUUUCGGAGAGCUCUCUGUAUAGCAGGUCCCCAGGCCAGCUGAUAGGAAGUGGUUCUCCACUGGGAUUGAAAUUACAGAAGUUUUUAGUCACUUAUGUUUCUCUUCUUCCAGAAGAAAUAAAGAGUAGUUUCCUACUAAAGUUUAUUCAGAAGAUGACAAGCAGACAUUGGUGUGCCAUUCCCAUUUUGUUUCUGUCUAAGGCUUUGGCAAAUGUCCCAAGAUGUAAAGCCCUGGGUAUAGAAGGGCUUCUUGCUCUCAGGUUACCAGAACUGUCUUUGGGAACAUGGAAAUGCACGUUUCUGUUUUCUGACGUCAGGGACGUUCUGCAGUGCACAAUGAUCACCCACCAGAUCCUGCUGAGAGGGGCCGCGCAGUGCUAUCUUCUUCAGACAGCCAUGAAUUUAGUAGAUGUGGAGAAGGUGACCCUUUCAGAUGUUUCAACUUUUCUCAUGUCUCUGAGACAAGAAGAGUCCUUAGGACGAGGAACCUCAUUGUGGACAGAGCUCUGUGAUUGGCUGCGUGUUAAUGAAAGCUGUUUUGGGCGAGCCUCAGCCUGUAAUCCCACUGGACUUCCAGAGACACCAUCUUUAAAUGCUUACGUGAAGAACCUAGUUCAAGAGUAUAUUACGUCACCUGCUGGGGAAACAGGAGAAGACUGCUUUAUGCCUGACUGGUUUGAAGCCAAGCUCGUUGCUAUGAUGGUCUUGCUGGCUAUAGAUGUGGAAGGAAUGAAGACACAGUACAGUGAAAAGAGGAGAACACAGAAUGUAUUAAGGAUAUUCUUAGACCCUCUCCUGGACUCCCUUCUGAAGUUGGGCACCAAUGCCUACAUGCCCGUGCUGAGAGCGGACAGAUGCCUCCAGUUGCUGUUGAAGCUACUGCACACUUGCAUGUUGACAGGUUCCGGUGCCCGAGAUGAUGAGGUGUUCACGCUUCUCCAGAGCUUUGCCAUGUCUGCUACCGAGAGCGUUUCUGAUUUUAUCCUCCGACGGCUUACCAUGAAUGAACUUAGUAGUGUUUCAGAUCUGGAUCGUUGCCAUUUAUACCUGAUGGUAUUAACUGAGCUUAUAAAUAUCCAUUUGAAGGUUGGGUGGAAAAGAGGCAACCCCAUUUGGAGAGUUAUUUCUCCUCUGAAAAAUGCAUCCAUCCGGCAUCUUCAAGAUACAGACAGUGGACAGGAGCCGACCCUUGCCGGGCAGAUCCAGAGGGUCGUUAGCAUGGCUGCCUUGGCCAUGGUGUGUGAGGCUGUUGACCAAAAGCCGGAACUGCAGCUCGACUCCCUGGAGCCGGGACCCACGGAAAGGUUCCUCGCCUCCCUCCCGCUCAAUCACACGCUGCAGAAGCCGCACCCGGAGGAGCACAGCAGUUUUUCUGAAGACUCGGCAGCUUCCCAAGGAUGGGGGAAAGUAGUCGCACAAUAUAUUCAUGAUCAGUGGGUCUGCCUCUCUUUCUUGUUGAGAAAAUACCACACCCAUAUCCCGUCAUCGGAAGGUGACGUUCCGGAUCCCGUCCUGCCUGCUGUUCAGAUGCCGGCGAGGACCCUGCAGUCCGCGCUGGGAGCCCUCACAGUCCUGCCUUCAGACCAAGUCUUGCCUGUGUUCCACUGCAUGAAAGUUCUGGUUCCCAAGCUUUUGACCUCCUCUGAAUCACUCUGUGUAGAGUCUAUUGACAUGGCUUGGAAGAUUAUAUCUGCUUUAAGCAACACUCAGCUGAUAUUCUGGUCUAAUUUAAAAGCUUUUGUUCAGUUUGUUUUUGAUACCAAAGUUCUUACCAUCGCUGCAAAAAUCAAGGGCCAGGCGUACUUCAAGAUAAAAGAGAUUAUGUACAAGAUGAUUGAAAUGUCUGCUAUAAAAACCGGAGUCUUCAAUACACUGAUAAGUUAUUGCUGCAAAUCUUGGAUAGUUUCUGCUUCAGAUGUGUCCCAAGUGUCUUUGUCAAGUGCUAAAAAUUAUACCGAACUUAUCCUCGAGGGUUGUGUAUUUGGAACUGUGUUUAGGCGUGAUCAAAGACUUACUCAGGAUGUGCAGACCUACAUAGAAAAUCUUGGACACGAUUGUGCAGCAAACACGGUUAUUGAAAAUACUAAAAGAGAAGACCACUAUGUGAGAAUUUGUGCUGUCAAAUUCCUGUGUUUAUUACAUGGCUCAAAUAUGUCUCAUAAGUUGUUUAUGGAAGAUCUUGCAAUCAAGCUAUUAGAUAAAGAUGAGUCGGUGUCCAAGUCCAGGACUCGGUACUAUGUGAACUCCCAGCAGCACCGGCUGAAGAACCGGGUGUGGCAGACGCUGCUGGUGCUUUUCCCCAGCUUUGAUCAGAAUUUCUUGAAUAGAAUUAUUGACAAGAUUUUCCAGGCUGGUUUCAUCAAUAAUCAAGCAUCCAUAAAAUAUUUCAUAGAAUGGAUUAUUAUAUUGAUUCUUCAUAAAUUUCCUCAAUUUCUGCUGAAGUUCUGGGAUUGCUUUUCUUAUGGUGAAGAAAACCUUAAAACAAGCAUUUGUACAUUUUUAUCCGUUUUGUCACAUUUGGACAUCAUCACUCAAAACAUUCCAGAAAAGAAACCAGUCCUGAAGCAAGCCCUUGUCACCGUGCUGCAGUGGUGUUUCAGUCACAACUUCAGCAUCCGACUGUAUGCCUUGGCUGCCCUGAAGAAGGUCUGGAGCAUGUGUAAGGCGCUGCGUGUGGAAGAACUUGAGGCGUUGACGUCUGUCAUUGAAUCCAGUCUCAACCAAGUGGAAAACAUGCCCGGAACAGGAGCGAGUCCCACACAGAUGCUCGCCGUUGAGCAGGUGCGCUGCUGUGCUGCGGACGGAGCAGGGAAGGCUGCUGGGCUCCCUGUGCUCCCCCGGCCCUGCUCCCGCCACACAAGGGCAGGCAGCAUCUCCUAGUAUCUGCAGGUAUCAGCUGAUUUCCCCGGCUGUCAGGGAGUUGCUCUUGUUUUACUUUUUUAUUAUUAUUAUUGAUGACCACUAUCCAGGAAUGCCCAGAUUUUUAUAAUUUUCAGAGACCCAGACACUGCCCAUCAAUAUAAGAGGUUCCUUUCAGACCCUCAAAGCACUCACUAAUUUUUAUAAACAGAUAAAGGUGAGAAGCAGUGUAUGAAGCGUACGAAAUAGUGUUUGGGAAACCAGUAACCUAGAGGGUCUCUGCUUGACCAUCAAGGUAACAGGUGGCGUAAAUGAGACUGUGAAUCCUUAUGAAGCUUUGUGUGGGGUUGGGAUGGAGGAUUCCGUGGCCACAACUACUACCUUCUAGCCCUUCUGCCUGCUUCUACUUUGAACACAUCAGUUGAAAAGAGGCAUUUAGGUGACUGGGUAGUCACCUAAAUGAAGAGGUUUUGGUGGUUCAGGAGGAAGAGCCUCAAUUCAGCAAAUAUAGAUACUAAAAUAUAACUACAUGGGCUACAACAGAGAAAAAUCAAAGAGGAGAGUUAGGUGGGGGACAUAGGAUAGAUUACAGGGAAGGGACACAAGUGCAGAGGAAGGGGCUGGACGCCUCUGAUACAUUGUGCACGGCUGGGUGUUUAGAAAGCCAACCCAAGCUCUGGCCCCAGCUAAUCAUUAAAAUUAGUUGCUCACCGUGGCAGUGCCUAGAAUCCCCACCCUUGCAGGUAUGUUCCGGCAGCUGGAGUUCCUGAUCUUGUCGGGCAACCCUGAACAACCUCUUGCUCCUUGGUGGGUGGGUGUGUACACACUGCAGCCCCUCAGUGGAAGGACGUAUGGGGGAAUUGAAUCAAUUUGACACGCGAAGAGGCGUUGUCAGUUUAUGGUUUGCUCGGUGCAAAAACCAUGAUUUGUUUGGUGUUGCAGUGUUUUGGUUGGUGGUUGAUGCUAUUCAAAGUUCCUUGGUUGCUCUGUGUUGAUUUGUGAAGACAGUUGGUUUGGCUCCUUUUUUAUUAAGCAGUAAAACACCCUUUUACGCAAUACCAUUACUUCUAAAAUCCUAGUACCGGGUAGGAGACAUACCCAGUAAAAAAAAAAAAAAGGACCCCGGGCAUUAGACCAUCGCUGCUCUUUGAACACACGGCAGAAUCGCUCUGUGCAGGCUGAGUCCUGGGUCCUCGGCGGCAGGCCCCGUGGAUGCCCUGGCCUCGUGUGGCUCCCGAUCGCUUGAACAGGACAGCACGUAAAAAGUCCCCCAGUAAAGUAACUUAGAUCGUGGCAGGUCCUCCAGUGGGAAAGUAAAGAUUUUGGUGAGAAAGUGCACACUCUUUUCUAAGUAACAGAACCUGUGAGUACCCUAUAAAGGAUGGUGGGAAGGAGGCAGACAAGGCGUGGGGACGGUGAUCUCUGGGCAGCGCCGAGGCAGGCGUGUGCGACUGAAUGGGGCUGGUCUGGCCCGAGAGCCGUGAGUGUGGGCAGUGGGACACCAGGGGGCUUAGGCUCCUGGGGAGCGAAUGGUUUAAACUCAGGAAUAACCUCACCUGGUUUGCUUUUGCCAUUUUUUUAAAGUAAGAGGAGCAGAUCAGAGGCUGGCUGUAGAUAAUGGGAGAAAAUCGUGUGUUACAUGAGUGGGGUGCAGAGAAACAGAUGGGUUUAAGGAAGUGAAAUGAGAGCCUAAAAGCACCCACUGGAUUUAGCGAGAGCCCAGUCAGCAGCCUCGCUGGUGGGGCCGACACAAAUUAACGUGGCUUAGAAGUGGUGGGACGAUAUGCCACUGUUCAGUCCGGGGAUGGCCUCAUUGCUGUCUGUUCAUGUCUUUUCUGUACCUGAAUCUAUGAAAUACUUCAUGUCUUUAGUUUAAAAAAAAAAAAAAAACGCUGAUGAAGAAGGUAAAACACAGGCAAGUCAUAGAUAAUUCUCUCCAAACCUCCUCCGAGAUGGUCAGCAAGAAGGUUGUGGAUGUGUUGUCUGAGGAGGCUUUGCUUUCAUUUGAUCACAUCCGUUGUUUUCCCUCAGGGUUCCCGGCUAGGAAGUCGGGCGGCGCAGAAGGGUGUCAGACCCAGGCCAGACCGUCUCCUGCCCCCGGUCCCCGUCCCUCCUGCGCCCAGAGGGGUUUCUCUCCUGAGGGGUUUUCUUCCGCAGCCGCCUGCUGCUCCCUUGCUCUCCCUCUCACGCCGACCCGAAGGCACUGUCGGGCACUGUUGCACAUGGCUUCCUUUGUCAGAUGGGACAGAUGGCCCUUUGAGCAGGCUCUGGAGCAGCGCCGGGACAGUUCAGGGAGCGGGAUCCAGAGCACACGCUGGGUACCGGGUGUGUCCCUUGAACAGAGACCCCUGCGGCAAGGGGACAGGCGGGUAGGUGGUAGGAGGCGCCAGAGGUGAAGGUUCCCUUCCUCACCACAGUGCUGCGGAGGCUCCACGGUCAGGCACAGAGUGGGGGGGCGCUGACGGGUAAGGGAGGCUCAGCGGCCAUCAUGGGAGAACUGUCUUGUAGGAAAAUGCCCCAAAAUUGCUACUUCGCUUUGGGCUGUUGAUCAUGAUUUUAAACUGACACCUGCCAGUGGUGCUCUGUAGUUUUCAUCCCUACAGCCUUUGCUUUUUAGUGGCAGGUGUGUUGGGACUUCACAGCCUGCUCUGGUUUGGGAAUGCUGGUUCAGUUGGGCUGUGUGUCAUGGAUCUUCGGAGAAGAUAGGUGUUUACUGCUGGAUGGAGACCUGAAGACUCCAUGCCAGAUGUCUUACAUGUGCCCUUUCAGAAUGCUUUCUCCCUGAGCCUGGAAGCCGUCUGUCCCACAGGCCGUCGGUGCCCGCGGAUGGCCUGUCUGCUUCCCAUCGCCUCUGACAGAGCACCGGCCUCUGCACCGUCUGCUGGAGGGUUUGCUCCUCGUUGUCCAGCUGUGAAACAGUCCUCUCAUUGUCUUGGACUUGCAUUCAAAAUGUCAAAUUCAGUGUCCAUUUUUAAAGUAUGUUGAUCUUGGAGGGAAGGGUGUAUAAGUCUUCAGAUAAAAUUCACAAAAUUUUCCAUUCCUUCCAAACUCUGCAGUACCUUUAUGUGAUUAUCUAGUUGAUUCCGCGUCAUCUCACUUGUCUGUACCUCAUACCAUACGUUUCAC